AGAGCGGAGGAGGGCGCGGACUGUCACCGGGCCGAGAGCUACAGCGGAGGGUUGAAUUUUUCCUCCGUGGCCGGGCGGUGGGAGGAGGUGGCGGACGGUGUUUAGGGAAGGAUAAAGUGCGAGAGAAGCCGCCGGGGGGGACCAGGAGCUCGGCGUGGCGCUGCUGCCGGGAGCCGCUCAGCAUCAACAUGGAGCUGGAGAACAUCGUGGCCAACACGGUGCUGCUCAAAGCACGGGAAGGCGGCGGCGGGAACAGAAAAGGAAAAAGCAAGAAGUGGAAGCAGAUGCUGCAGUUUCCACACGUCAGCCUGUGUGAGGAGCUGCGACAGAGUACAGAGAAGGACUACAGCAGCCUGUGUGAGCGGCAGCCCAUCGGCCGGUUACUCUUCAGGCAGUUCUGCGAGACUCGACCCGAGUUGAGACGCUGCGUCAAGUUCCUGGACGCUGUGGCCGACUACGAGGUGACGCCGGACGAGAAGAGGAAGGAGUGCGGCCAGGAACUCAUCGACAAAUACUUCGACCCAAAGUCGGAGGACCGAGUGUCCGAGGUGGAGGAGGCCAUGAUGGCUCAGUGCACCGAGCGGCUGCAGCAGGAUGCCUGCAAGGAGCUCUUCAAGGACUGCACCAAACUGAUCCACGACUACCUGAGCGUGGCGCCGUUCGCCGACUACCUCGACAGCAUGUACUACAACAGAUUCCUGCAGUGGAAGUGGCUGGAGAGACAACCGGUGACGAAAAACACGUUCAGACAGUACAGAGUUUUAGGAAAAGGCGGCUUUGGAGAAGUGUGUGCAUGUCAGGUACGAGCCACCGGGAAAAUGUACGCCUGCAAGAAGCUGGAGAAGAAGAGGAUAAAGAAGAGGAAAGGCGAGUCGAUGGCGCUCAACGAGAAGCAGAUCCUGGAGAAAGUCAACAGCAGAUUCGUUGUGAGCUUAGCGUACGCCUACGAGACGAAGGACGCCCUGUGCCUCGUGCUGACCCUCAUGAACGGCGGCGACCUGAAGUUUCACAUCUACCACAUGGGCGAGGCGGGUUUCGACGAGAGGAGGGCGAUAUUCUACUCCGCGGAGAUCUGCUGUGGCCUCGAGGAUCUGCACCGAGAGCGAAUCGUCUACAGAGACCUGAAGCCAGAGAACAUCCUGCUGGACGACCACGGCCACAUCAGGAUAUCAGAUCUGGGUUUAGCGGUUCACGUACCAGAAGGACAAACCAUCAAGGGCAGAGUGGGAACAGUGGGAUACAUGUGUAAGUACACCAUGACGUCCACUUCAAUACUGCUCUUAGCACAGCUGCUGGCCAAAGAUCCCAGCGAUCGGCUCGGCUGUCUGGGCGGUGGAGCCUCGGAGGUCAAAGCUCAUCCCAUCUUCCGCUCCAUCAACUUCAAACGGCUGGAGGCCGGCAUGCUGCAGCCGCCCUUCAUCCCCGACCCUCAGGCCAUCUACUGUAAAGACGUGUUGGACAUCGAGCAGUUCUCCACGGUCAAAGGCGUGGAACUGGAACCCAAAGACGAGUCCUUCUACAGCAAAGUGUCCACGGGCAGCGUCCCCAUCCCCUGGCAGGACGAGAUGAUCGAGACCGAGUGCUUCAUGGAGCUGAAUGUUUUCUACCAGGACGGGACGGUUCCUCCAGACCUGGACUGGAGAGGCCAGCCGUCUCCUCCGCCCAAACAGGGGCUGCUGCAGCGGCUGUUCGGCCGACAGGACUGCUGUGGUAACUGCAGCGACAGCGACGAGGAGCCCACCAGGCUGUGACCCACAAACACACAAUCUUAUUUGUUUACAACCUUUUGCACAUUUGUAUUUUACGGUAGUCCUCUCUCUGAACGUCAGAAUGUAUAUUUUCAGCCUCGCCACGAUGUUUAAUGUUAUUUAAAAGUGUGAAAAACCUGCUGUGGACGGAGACGGACGUAAAAACUUCUUCUUUUCUUUUGUUAUUGUUGUUGUUUUGGCUUUUGUUUUGUUGUUGUUAUUUGUCCGGGGAAGGCUUUGCUUUCAACUCACACACUGAACUGAGAGCCUGCUGUAGAAGUGCCUUGCUCGAGGGCACCGCGGCCGCCGAGGCAGGACCGGAACCGGCCUCCACUCCGCCGCGACCCACCUCACUGCUUUUUUUUAAAAAAAAAAUCUUGUUUUGCUGGGACGUUGUGGUUUUUCAGACUUUUGAUGCCAGAACCACAAAGUCAACACCUGCAGAUGUUUUUUAAUCGAUCUUAUUUUUAGAAAUUUUGUUUCCGACGGAUUUCUCGAGACAAUCGACUCGUCGGCUUCGGUUGCUCUCGUCGGUAAGGCGACCGCAGAGCGUCCAGCUUUACAGAAACUCUGAGAGACAAAUGAAUCGCUUUGUUGUGCCUUUGAUUUCCUCGCUGGGGUUGGACUUGUUUUUGACCUACGACACGAUUUUAAACUUUUGACCUGAACACAUUAUCGCUCUCUAAUUUCCAAAUAGUGUCUUAAGAAAUAGAUGCGUAGUUCGGUUCCAACUGUACAUGAAAUAAGUUAGAA